UGACAGAAAUUCUGAGGCUAUUCGAAGGAAUCCCCACUAUAUCAACUUCAUAAAAGGUUUCUUUUCACGUCAAGUCUCAAAUCAUCCUCUAAAACCAACCAUAUCGUCAGUUCCACAAUCAGCCACUUGCAAGGCCUGUUCUAUGACACAAUAUGAAAACUAG